AUGUAAAGAAGACAAAAAUCAGCAAAGUACAUCAGACUUAACCUGAUAGCUGCCAUGUGACAUUGUAAGAGGAAUGGAGUAAUAUGGAAAGGGGGUUUUGGAGCUCAGUGAAUUUCCCAGUAGACCCCACAGAGGAUUUAAUGAAAGUGUCCCAGGAUGAUGGAGUGGAGUCCACCCUUACAGGGGCAACAUGAAGCUUAUAUCUGGUUCACGGAGUCCCAGCUUAGCUCUGUGAUCAGGAACGGUGUAGUCCCUGAAUGGUUUCAUGGGAUCAUCUCCAGGAAGACGGCAGAGGAGCUUCUUAUGUCCAAGCCUCCGGGCUAUUUCCUUAUCAGGGUCAGUGAGAGCAGGAUCGGCUACACCCUCUCGUACCGUGCUGAGGACCGCUGCAGACAUUUUAUGGUUGAUGCACUGGAGUAUGGACUUUACAUCAUAAAAGGAGAGACCAGGCAUCACCGAUGUCUGCAAGACCUGGUGGACUUCCAUCGUAGGACUCCCAUCAUGCCUUUCAAUGAGGUGUUGACUGUAGCUUGUGGACAGAGCUCGGAUGACAAGACUGACUAUGCAGAACUACUGUUUCCGCAAAGACAUCUGAACCUCGACACAAAUUUGCAGCAAAAUGAAUCCCUGCAUGCCAGCAUAAAUUCCCCAGUAUCACAAGAUGAUGACCCACCUGCUCUUCCUUGCCGUCCAAACAACCUGAAGACCCCUACAGCCUUUUCUCAGGGCAGACUUUACCCUAGUCUGGAAGAAGAGUUUCCACAGGACAUCCCCCAUUUUCCAACCACGCCUGUGCCAAUGAUCAGGAACAAGCAGCCACCUGAACUUCCUGUUCGAAGCUCUCAUCCUCCUCUGAAGCAGAACCAGGCCUGUGUCAGAACAGUGUCUGCUCCUGACAGUCGCUUUACACACACAGCCACUGAGCACCCAGUCAGCACCCACAGUAACCAGCAAGCAAAGCCAUCAGUUGUCUCAAACCUAAAGAACUUCAAGAAAAAAUUCCAAAAGAAGAGAAGCCCGUCACAGGAGUUAAUGAACGCAGACACAAAUGUGGAGGAGACAGAGAAGAGUGGAACUACUGAGAAUGAGUACCAGGAGAUCACAGAGGAGCAGCCCUUCACUAGUAAACCAUUUUCUCACACCAGUCCUGAUGUGAAACUGACACAUGGAGGGUUACCACAGGAGUACAGACAACCUUCACCUUUUGCUCCAGGAUACUGAUAUUGAACUACUCACUUGAAAAAGAGAGUACAGAUGGUACAAUCAAAUGAUUUUUGGAUAACUGAUUACAUCUAGAGAAGGUGAAAGGGCCAAGUUGGUACAGGCGCAAUAAUCCAGAAAUCAAAUAUAAAAGCCUUGCAAGCCUUACAAAACAACAUUUCAACUCAUAAAAUCAAAUAGACAAUUGACCAAGACACUAAAAGUAAAAAAGUUAGUAAUUUUACAUUGUUUAAUGAACUUUUCUGACAAAUAUGUUGCCCACAGCUAGCUUGCCCCAAAACAGCGCCUUUAGACAGGAAAACAGCUGUUCCAUGUCCAACCAAAGGAAACACAAUCUAACUGCUGGAAUGCCACAUUUAAUUUAUUUCAUCCAUCCCAAACAAUAAGCAUGAGAACAAACAGCAGAUUUAUAAAGUUAGUACUAAGAAACAAUAGAGCAGAUUCACAUUUUAAUAUCAGUGAAUUGUGAAUGCUUUUUUUCCAUUCUGUUAUUUGGCAAACAGAACCAUUUGAAAAAAAAGGUGAAAAAAAGUGAUGUAUUUAGUCACUGCAUCGUGCAUGAUUUUUUAAUUGAGAUUAAAUGUUUUUAUUCUCAUCUUUAUCUCAUCCCAGCUUUGUACUAAUGGAAGUGCAGCAGGAGGAAGUGUUUGCAGUGCAUGUAAAUCAGGAAUGUGAUGGUCAAUGGCUACUACUUUGAAUACAGGUGACAUAGGCCUUUGUAUACUACACAGGUUCAUUAUCAGCAAUGAUGAGGAAAGCUGAAAGAAAUUGAGACACAUGUCUCACUGGUAGAAAUAUAUACGAUUCAAAUUAAGUUUUGGACACAGAAGGGACAUUUUUAUGUUUUUUUCAACAAUAAAUGUGGGUCAGACAUUUCGUUUUUACUUCAAGCUAAAGAUGGAGAUUUUGAUGCAUUUAGACCACGAGAUCUCAGAAUAUUUCACUUUCAUGUCUAAGGGUUGCAUAAUAAAUAAGGUAUCUUGAUUUGUGUAAUGUCUAAGUUAAUAAACCUUAUCUGCAAAGCUUUUCAUCUGUUCUUGUUUAUAGCUUAAACAAAAGGCAUAUGAUGUUGACACAAAACUGGGACAAAACACUGAGUUCUGUAAAACUGUGAAUUUACGUAUUCAAUAAAUUUUGCUUUCUAUUUUGCUCUA